UCUACUACUGGUUCAUUUCAUACAUAAUUAAAAUUAAUUAAUCCAAAUGAUGAAUUAAUCUGGUGAUUAAUUAUGAUAUUAUUUAACAGCACCGGAAUCAACGCUCUCCACUUGGCUUCACAAAUCUGAAUGAACCCCUAACCAAUCUCCUCUCUUAUUUCAUUUCAACACUCUGUAUCUGUCCCUGUCUUCAUCUUCGUUUCGUGUUUCUACACUCCAAUCGCUCUAUUUUCUUCUUUUUUUUGUUUUUCAUUUAAUUUAUUAUCGUUCUUCUUCGUUUCUCUGCUUCGCGCUUCCUUCAGAUUUGUUUUCCCCUCAGAUCCUUUUCUGGAUCACAGUGAGACGGCGUUGUUGAGUUUGAACAGAUGAAGCAAUGUUGAUGGAUUGUGGAUGUAUGGGGAAGCUGGUGAGGUGCCUUGAACUUAGAUGAAGAAGGAACGUGCAUGGCCGCAAUUCAUAAGGAAUCUUUUGAUCAUGGUUGGAUCAAGAAGCCGGCCACAGUUGAGGAGGCCUACUUGGAUUAUUGUUCUUGUUUCCAUAGUGUGUGUGUUUCUCAUUGCUGCCUACGUGUAUCCGCCGCGGAGCCCGUCUUCCUGCUCUCUCUUCUCCUCCAGGGGUUGUGGUGGCAGUAUUAUCGAUCUACCACCUGCGGCUCAGUCGCGCCAAUUGACUGAUGCGGAGGUUGAGUCUCGGGUUGUUAUUAACGAGAUUCUCAACUAUUAUCCUGUGAUAACCAAGAAACCUAAAGUAGCUUUUUUGUUUUUGACUCCGAGUUCGUUGCCGUUCGAGAGGCUCUGGCACAUGUUCUUUAAGGGCCAUGAGGGCAAAUUCUCUGUUUAUGUACAUGCAUCAAAGGACAAGCCAACACAUGUCAGCCCCUAUUUUAUUGGUCGAGACAUUCACAGUGCGCCGGUAGGCUGGGGAAAAAUUUCUAUGGUUGAGGCUGAAAGAAGACUUUUGGCAAAUGCACUGUUAGACCCUGAUAAUCAACAUUUUGUGUUGUUGUCUGAAAGUUGUAUACCUGUACGUCGCUUUGAUUUUGUGUACAACUACUUAUUAUUAACAAAUGUCAGCUUUAUUGACAGCUAUGUGGAUCCUGGUCCUCAUGGAAAUGGCAGGUAUAUAGAAUAUAUGUUGCCCGAAGUGGAAAAGAAAGAUUUUCGAAAGGGUUCCCAGUGGUUCUCAAUGAAACGGCAGCAUGCUAUAAUAAUUAUGGCAGACAGUCUCUAUUUUACAAAAUUCAAGCACCAUUGCAGGCCGAAUAUGGAGGGAAACCGCAAUUGCUACGCUGAUGAGCAUUACCUGCCAACCUUCUUUACUAUGCUUGAUCCAGGUGGAAUCGCAAAUUGGUCAGUAACAUACGUUGAUUGGUCUGAAGGAAAAUGGCAUCCGAGGUCAUUCAGAGCUCGGGAUGUUACUUAUCAAGUCAUGAAAAACAUAGCAUACAUUGAUGAAAGUCCACAUUUUACAAGUGAUGCAAAGAGAACAGUGGUGAUUACACCUUGCGUAUUGAACGGCUCAAAACGAUCAUGUUAUCUAUUUGCCCGGAAGUUUUUCCCAGAAACUCAGGAAAGAUUGAUCCAGCUCUACUCUAAUUCUACAAUAUUCUAAAGUAUUUAUAUUUAUCAUCAUUCUUUGGUGAAUCAACACCAUGUGAUCCCAGCCUCACCGUCUUGCACAUAUCGAAUUAUUUUUGAGAAAUUCCCCAAGACAACUGGAAAUAUUUCUUAGGAAGACAAAGAAGCUGAUUUGGUUAAAAUUUGGUUUUCUCUGGGGCUGGACGGAACUGCGGAGCUUUUCUGGUUGGAUAAUUUGCUGUUCCUAUUGUACUUUUUUUAAAGUAUUGAAAACAUCAUAGAUUUCUCUUACGGAUAAAUUUUGGUAUCCUUGAUAGAGACUAGAGAGGGAGGGCUAAGGUUUGGGUUUUGAUUUGGACUUUGGAAGCUAACUGUCACCUAUGUCUGUUAUUGCAUCUACACAUUUUCUGCAGUCAUGCAUUAAAUGUUACCUCAUGAAUGGUUUAGCAGUUAUGCGCAGAAUUUUGGAAGAAUUCUCUGUUUUGUUUUA